AUGGGGACCCCCGAGGUCUGGCGCCCGGGUCUUUCUGACUCUGAACCUUGUGCUUUGCUCCCGAGUCCUGGCGUUGGGAAGGGCCCCCUUGGUGUUAACACCUGUCUCCCCUGCUCCUCUCUGCAGGUCUACAUCAUCCGGGUCACGUGGUCGAGCGGCUCCACUGAAGCCAUCUAUCGGCGCUACAGCAAGUUCUUUGACCUCCAGAUGCAGAUGUUGGACAAAUUUCCCAUGGAAGGAGGACAGAAGGACCCCAAACAGCGGAUCAUCCCCUUCCUGCCAGGCAAAAUCCUCUUCCGACGGAGUCACAUCCGGGAAGUGGCCGUCAAACGCCUGAUACCCAUCGAUGAAUACUGCAAGGCCCUGAUCCAGCUGCCCCCCUACAUCUCCCAGUGUGACGAGGUGCUGCAGUUCUUUGAGACGAGACCCGAGGACCUGAAUCCCCCCAAAGAGGAGCAUGUGGGGAAAAAGAAAUCUGGGAGCGACCCGACCUCGGUGGACCCCAUGGUCCUGGAGCAGUACGUGGUGGUGGCCAACUACCAGAAGCAGGAGAGCUCGGAGAUCAGCCUCAGCGUGGGCCAGGUGGUGGACAUCAUCGAGAAGAAUGAGUCAGGUUGGUGGUUCGUCAGCACCGCUGAAGAGCAAGGCUGGGUGCCCGCCACCUGCCUCGAAGGGCAGGACGCUGGGCAGGACGAGUUUUCCCUGGAGCCGGAGGAAGAGGAGAAGUACUCAGUCAUCUACCCGUACACGGCGCGUGACCAGGAUGAAAUGAACCUGGAGAGAGGGGCCGUGGUGGAGGUCAUUCAGAAAAACCUAGAAGGCUGGUGGAAGAUCAGGUACCAGGGCAAAGAGGGCUGGGCCCCGGCCUCGUACCUGAAGAAGAGCAGCGGGGAGCCCUCAUCCCUGAAGCUGGGCCCCGGCUCCCCUGCCCACACGGGCGUGCUUGACCUGGAUGGAGUUUCCCGGCCACAGAACUUGGGGGGCCGGGAGAAGGAGCCGCUCAGCAGCCCGCGGGACGGCCGCUGUGAAGGCCGCCCGGUGCCGGACGGCGACGUCAAGCAGAGAUCGCCCAAGAUGAGGCAGAGGCCCCCUCCUCGCCGGGAUAUGACCAUACCUCGCGGUCUCAACCUGCCCAAGCCCCCCAUCCCACCCCAAGUGGAGGAAGAGUAUUACACCAUUGCCGAAUUCCAGACAACCAUCCCUGAUGGUAUCAGCUUCCAGGCGGGCCUCAAGGUCGAGGUGAUCGAGAAGAACUUGAGUGGCUGGUGGUACAUUCAGAUCGAAGAUAAGGAAGGCUGGGCCCCAGCAACCUUCAUUGACAAGUAUAAGAAGACCAGCAAUGCCUCCAGACCCAACUUCCUGGCUCCCUUGCCCAACGAGAUGGCCCAGCUCCGGCUGGGGGAUGCAGCGAUGGAGAACAGCACGGGCGGUGAAGCGGGCGGCCCCUCUCGGCCCCUGCCCGAUGCACCGCUCGGUGCCGUGGACUCUGGGAUACCGAGGUCCAAAGACUGGAAGGGUGGAAAGGAGGUCCUGAGAAAGGCGUCUUCCGACGUGCCGUGCACAGGCUACGAGGAGAUCUCCAACCUCAACCAGGAGGAGAAGCCCAGCCUCCCUCCCCGGAAGGAAUCCAUCAUCAAGUCGGAAGGGGAGCUGCAGGAGCGCGAGCGGCAGAGGCUGGAGCAGCUCAGGGGCUCCUCGCCCAAGCCUCCCGGCAUGAUUUUGCCAAUGAUUCCAGCUAAACACAGCCCCCCGACCCGGGACGGCAAGAAGCCAGAGCCCAAACCUGACAAAAGCAAGGUGUUCCAGCUGAAAAAUGAGAUGGGGCUGGAGUGUGGCCAUAAAGUAUUGGCCAAGGAAGUGAAGAAGCCCAACCUCCGGCCCAUCUCCAAAUCCAAAGCCGACCCGCCGGAGGAGAAGCCAGAAGCCAUGCCCCAGAACCCCUUCCUGAAGUCCAAACCUCAGGUGAGGCCGAAACCAGCUUCCUCCCCCAGGAUCGAGGCACCUCAGGGCGAAGAGCAGGUGGACAUCUGCAACCUCAGGAGCAAGCUCAGGCCCGCCAAGCCCCACGAGAAGCCCUUGCUGGACGGAGAGAGCAGCCACCAGGCUGUCGGGGGCCAAGACGCGGCCUUCAGCCGCAGCUUCCUCCCAGGGGAGGGGCCUGGGCGCGCUCCGGACAGGACGGGCAAGCAGGACGGGCUCAGCCCCAAGGAGAUACCCUGCAGACCCCCUCCGAAGCCAGCCAAGGCCACGGAUCCUGCGCCUAAGAACGCGCCCGCGCCUCUCAAGGAGGCUCCCCAAGAGGCUCCCCAGCAGAGACCCGUGAUCCCGCCCCGCAGACCACCGCCCCCCAAGAAGACCUCCUCACCCAGGCCCCUCCCGGAGCCCAUGGGGCCACAGCGGGAGGCCAACGAAGGCAGGGCACCCCCUGCCCCAGGCCGGGCCCUGCUGGUCCCUCCAAAAGCCAAACCUUUUCUGGCCAACUCCUCAGGGGGCCAAGAUGACAUCCGAGGGAGAGGCGGGCUGGGCCCACGGCUGGCGGGCAAGAUGGGAGAGAACAGGGAGAAGGCGGCGGCGGCCCCCUUCCCCAGUGCCGACAGCCCGAAGGACCUGUACGUGGCCGUGGCCAACUUCGAAGGGGAUGAAGACGCUAGCAGCUUCCAGGAGGGGACGGUGUUCGAGGUCCGGGAGAAGAACAGCAGCGGCUGGUGGUUCUGCCAGGUGCUCAGCGGGGCGCCCUCCUGGGAAGGCUGGAUUCCUUCCAACUAUCUCCGCAAGAAGCCCUAGCCUCCCCGUGGGGAGGUCCCGCGCAUCCCCGCUGGUUUUGCCCACAUAUUUAAUAUGCCUCUUAAUUUAUCAUCCUCCACGCGGCUGCGAAGGAAGGCAGGCUCUGGAGGACUGUGGUUUCUUCCCUCCCGUGGGUGGAGCCAGCCCUGGAGGCGCAGCGGCCACGCCCUGGCUCUCUCUCCACUCGGUAUCCCUGCCUUAAGGCCCGUGGCAUCGCCACCCGCUUGUCUGCCCGCCCAGCGGCGGGACCGUGACUCUCCAGGCCUCCAGAAGCGGAACCCACCACGUGGAGAACCUGCAGGAGGAUUUCUCGUUGCUGGGACCCGGCGCAGUGAGGGGAGUCCCUGGCAGCCCAUCAGCCUGUGACAGCUUGCUCCAACCUCUCCAUGUCUAAAAGCUGGGUGACUUUAUUCACCCCCUUUCCAAUUGCCCGGUACCAGGAAGGACUGUUCCCUAUAGAAGUGGGCUCCGUGGCCUCCUCUCCGAGGCCUCAGGCCCCUGGGCCUCUCAGGUUUGACCAGAUGCAACCGCCCCACGAGUGAGUGGGCCUGGAGGUCCACUCGGCCGGCCCUCUGCCUCCCAGCUUCUGUCUUGGGAACCUGAUCCGGCCUGAAGGGGCGGGUCCAGCCUGGAGCCAGUGCCAGCCUCCGGACAAUCCCCCCCCACCCUGGGGCACUUCGCUUCUGUCCACUUAGAGCAAGAAUCUCCACGUUUGCUUGAAAAAAGAGGACCAUUAACAAGCCAUGCUCCGUUCCGAGCACCCCUUUGCCGAGUAGCCAUUCGGUCCCAAACUGUGUACGAGGCACUUUGCGUUCGUGUUUAACCCUCACAACAACCCUCUCUUGUAAUAUACCCAUUUUAUAGCGAGGAAGAGCGGGAAGAGGACUUGAAUCCAGGCCUGCCUGGCUGCCACCCCUGUGCCCUUCCCCUUGGAAGAGGCAAACCAGGCAGGGGAGGGAGAGAGAGAGCUUAGGGAGCAGAGGGAGCUGAGGUGGUCUCACCUGCCAGCCUUGAGGGGCCCAGGUGGCUCAAAGCCUGGUUCUCCAUCAGGCUGAGCAUCGCGAGCAGUGGCCUCCUCAGAUGACAGGGCCAGGCAGUGCCUCCUGUCGCUCCCUGCUGCUGCUUCCCACUCCUCUCUGGCUCUCACAGUCCCCUUCCACACACACACACACACACACACACACACACACCCCGCACGCCCCCUCUCUGUCUCACUGGAUGGAACCCAGGGCAGCCCUCCCACCCAUUUGAUGGUGUGGUUCACAUAGUCACGGCCACAUACGGAACUAGAACCAGGACCCUGGGUUUCCAGCUCCAGGCCCAGAGCUCCUGCCUGUGGGCCGGGCUGCCUGGGGUGAGAGGGCAGUACCCACCCCCCUCCCUGCAGGAGAGGACGUGGCCCUGUCCUGCCCCAGAGGCUCCGAGUCAGUGUUGAUUGGCUGCCAUGCCUGUGGAACCCAAAAGCCAGCUUUCCUGGGGGUGCUCGCUGUCUACCUUCAGUGCCAAAGGUCCUCCCCCACCGCCUGGGCUCUGGAUGUGUCUGCGGGAGAAGGAGCCUCCUCAGACCCCAGACCAUCUCGUUCCUUCAGUCGGCCUGUAAGUCUUGUCCCCCAAACCCGGGGGCAGGGCCCGAGGUACUCCUCGCUGCCCCUGCUGGCCCUUGGCCCCUGCCCAGAACCCUGGGGGGAGCAGGGAGGCGGCUGGAAGAGGGCCGCCCACCUCUUCCCGGUCCCCACACUCGGGAGGAGGCCCCAGAGCAUGUUUCCCUGCCCCUUUGGUUUACGCCACCUUUAUGAAGCUGUUAUGCAGGAUUUGACUACAUUUCAAGACAGAACUCUAAAUUUCUUUUCCUGGUUCCCUUUCUGCUUUCAUGGACCUUUCCAAGCUUUUCCUGAGCUCCUACUGCGUGCCAGGCGCGGGGCAGGCCAGGCUGCACGCGGCCCCCUGCGCCCCUGCCCGGCUGGCUGUGGGAGCUUUGCUUUCCGUUCGCUGAUUCCACUGAAGGUGCUUGUCUUUGACCUCAGACCCUCUUCCCGGGAUCAGCCGGGUGAGGAGGGACUCGUUCUUUCUCUGGGCAGAAUGUUUUUCUGCGAAUGAAAGAACUUGCCUUUAUUAUUAUUAUUUUUAUUAUUAUUGUUAUUAUUAUUCUGAUGGGAACUGAAGGUACUAAAGCCACAUUCCUCUCUGUUCACUGUUCUUUCCUCGGGAUACACUUGUGUCCCGAGGCCCCUCCCUCAGCAUCUUUUGCCACAGGGUGGGCACGUCCCCAGGCACCUGGAAGUGGGGGUCUUGGUGGCAGUGGCUCUCCCUCGCUGUCCUGGACUGUGGACUUAUGUUCACACCCUCCAGGACUGUGGCCUCUAUUCGGUGAGCAAUUGACAGAGCAAACGCAGAACUCCCCUGGCAUUCCCGCCGCCGUGGGAAUUGGCCUCCGGCCGUAGGAACAACCCCCACGCCAAGCCGGCAGGCCCCCGGGGCUCAGACCCGCUCCCCGCUUUAGCGUGGUCCUCGAGGUAGCCCUGGGAGGGGCGUGAGGUCAGUCCCAAUCUGUAGUGAGAAAAUCGGGGUUCAGGGGGUGAGGUCGCGUUCCUGUCUUCAUCCAAAUAGUGACUGACCAAGCGGAGACGAACCCCAGGGGUUUUCUCCCCGCGCCCGUGACUCCUCUGCCCCCAGCAGUGAAGUGUACGUGGGCUUCCAGGGGAGCAGGGGGCCCUCCCUGUGACUUCGAGUUUCUCCUCGCCUGCCCCACGAUGACAGGUCCGUGGGUCACAGGUAAAUGCGACUCUGAAAGGCAGACACUGACACCACCACCCCUCUUCCUUCCUGUAUUUCACCCUACACCUUAGGGUAAGACUACAGCUCGUGGUGCCACCAAACCUUAGGAAAAUCUGAGUGUUGGGGUUACCGCUUGAUAGAAUAGGCCUUUGCUGAAAUUCUCCCGCUCAGAAUUUCUUUGCCAUUCAGUGGGGUUAGGUCCUUGUCCCGGGUUGAGGCGUGGGGAGGGCCGGAGCCGCUUUUACUACCCUCGCCUUCUGAGGAAUCCGAGGGCCCAGUCAGGCUUCCUGCCUUUGUGAGCCUCCGCCACGCUUUCUCAGGCUGCGUUCUCAGCCUUAAAAUAUCCCUGAGCCCACGGGGGAUUUCACUCCCAGGUGGAAGAGGGAAACAAAGGCCACAUUCAAGGGCAGGUGCCCGAUCUCCCAGGGUCUGGAAGACCUUAGGGAUGGGCAGUCUUGUGUUUAUUCAGCCCGUACCAGGUACCAGCGCUGAGCGCUCCCGCCCUCACAUAGCUGAACUGGAUGGACAUCAAGAAAGAUGGAAGGCUUGGCCUUCCUCCUGUCCUUGUGCCAAGUCUCUAACUGUUGGGUCCUCCUCCUCCUGGGAGGUCUUGCCUUGUCUUGGGACUGACAGUGGGUGCACAACAGCCUUAGCCAUCCAUGGGCCAUCUGGCGCCCCUUGGUCAUCCAGGCCCAUCCUCCCGGGCUUUUGCUGCAAGCAGCCAUGCCAUGCCAUAGACCAAAGACGACCUAGUGUCAAGUUGUGGCCCGGAUGAGUGGUCAUUGGCUCACACGGAGGCCUGAGGGUGCAGGGCACCCUCCCUGGGUCCGGAGGAAGUGCUCCAAACGUAGACACGGUUCUGACUUUGCACCGUUAAAGCCAGGAGGCUCCACAGCCCACUCAGACCACCUGUGAGGACCCUUCCCACUGCCGCGACCGUCCGGCUCCGUGGGGUGAUGUCUGUUUCUGGCGCUACCCUGCGGGUUACUGAGCCCCGCCUCGUGCUUCAACAUUCCAUCCUCCUUCCCGUUUCUACCCUGUUCUCCGGAGGAGGCCUCCCUAGUUCCAACCGGGGACAAGGGGGCUCCAUCUCUUCCCUGGAAGAAGCCAAACCCAGUGCCACAGCCGGCGCUUUCCGGGUCCUCUGUGGACUCGAGGUUGCAGCAAUAAGCAAUUCUGAGGCCACAGAGGUGUCCACACCUCACCCCUCUGUAUGCCUGUCCAUGCCUUUGGGCCCAUCUCGCUGUUCAUGGUGCCCCUUUCACUUCCGGGGGUGGUGAGGAGCAAUGGUCACCUUCGCCACUGCCCCCGUGUCCUGCAUCAGGGAGCAGCACGUCAGCGGGCCAUGCCUGCAUCCCUCCAGGAGCAGCGGGCUCCGGCGCCGUUGCCCCGCCACCUCGUGUCCGCUCACAGGAUGAUGCUGGCGAUCUCUGGACACUCGGCACUCCUACACCCUCGGCAAAUGGACAGAUUCUGGUGGUGGUUUUUGUUUUCUUUUAACACAAAAAAAUACAUGAGGAUAUGUAAUGUGAGGGGGGUGGUGGUGAACAAUUAACUGUAGCAUGUAUAGACUAUAUACUUACCAUUAGACUUUUUUCUUUCUUUUUUUUUUAAUAAAAAAAUAGUGCUUGACUGGUUUCAAGCUUCAUUGUGAA